CUCCAUCCACCCCCCUCCGCAUCAACACGCCCCAUACGCCCAGCUUGGCAUAGUACUACGUUACAUUCACGAAUGCGCGCAAGGGAGCCGGGCUCGUGCUCGCGCUCGCUCGCUUACAAGGUCGGCGUCUGUGUGUGCGUCUUGGUGCGACGGGUGGCGCCGUGUGCGACAUUGGCGUGCUUCUUGAAUAUUCCUUGUCUUGUCUUGUCUUGUUUUGUUGUGUCAGGCGACUUUGGGGAAGGGUUGCGUGUGGAUGGUGUGAGACUUGUGGACGAUAGAUGGGGUAUGCAUGCAUGCAUGGGGGGGAGGGACGGAUCGUCAUGGCGUGAGGGAGGUUACCUGUGGGGUUGGGGGGUUAUGCAGAGAUUGACGUAUGCUGUAUGCUGUAUGCUGGACGUGUGUUGUGUGAGUUAUGUUGUUGAGCGUGAAGGGUCUGCUUCUUGGGUUGGGUUAGUGGUGGGAGGUGAGUAAGUGAGUGAAUGAUGGCAGAAGUUGUUGAUCUUCUGCCUAGUUUCUCCGUGUCUCAUUGAGUAAGGUUCUCGAUCUUGAUACUCGUCUCAUCUUGCUCUUUAUUCUAUCUCGCCACCUCCAUGUUGAAGCCGAUCGGAGGCGUGCAGUGCCAU